AUGUCAUUUGCUCGACUGCUGAGUCUUCUGGGCGGAUCCUCCACCCUGAAGCGGGCGUCUGAUUGGCCUCUUGCACAGUCUUGUGAGUCGCUCACCAGUGAGAGCAACGAGACCUGCCCGUGUCCUAGGAGGGGAGUGUCUCUCCAGGCACUCUGUGGUGUGUCUAUGGCGAGUGAUCUCACCACUGGACCAGUUGUGUCUCGGCAAGGAAGUGAUCUGUGUGGCACUACAGGUGAGUCGCUCACCAGUGAGAGCAACGAGACCUGCCCGUGUCCUAGGAGGGGAGUGUCUCUCCAGGCACUCUGUGGUGUGUCUAUGGCGAGUGAUCUCACCACUGGACCAGUUGUGUCUCGGCAAGGAAGUGAUCUGUGUGGCACUACAGGUGAGUCGCUCACCAGUGAGAGCAACGAGACCUGCCCGUGUCCUAGGAGGGGAGUGUCUCUCCAGGCACUCUGUGGUGUGUCUAUGGCGAGUGAUCUCACCACUGGACCAGUUGUGUCUCGGCAAGGAAGUGAUCUGUGUGGCACUACAGGAGGGGAGUGUCUCUCCAGGCACUCUGUGGUGUGUCUAUGGCGAGUGAUCUCACCACUGGACCAGUUGUGUCUCGGCAAGGAAGUGAUCUGUGUGGCACUACAGUGCGAGAUCAGCCCGCUGGAGGUGCGGCUGGAGCCGGGCGCCAGGGAGAUGCUGCACGCCGUGCGCGCGCUGCUGCUGGCCGCCCACUGGCACCAGUUCACUGCCCUCGUCGACUACUCGGCCUCUUCCUCGCUGCUGCUGCGGCGCGACCUCGCCUCCAUCUUCAGCGCCGCGCCGCUGUCGCCCACCAUCCACGGCAUCCGCGCCGACGCUCCGCACCAGGCCCUCUUCAGGCGGCUGGCCGACGUGUCGCGCGCCACGCGCGGCGUGGUCGUGCUCAUCUGCGACCUGCGCACGGCCGAGCGCAUCACCUCGGAGGCCCGCCGCCUCAACAUGAUGGACGGCCACUUCGUGUGGCUGUGGGUGGACACCAGCUCGCCGGCCGCCCCGCCGCCGCGGCAGAACGCGACGAGGGGGCGCGCCUACCGCCGGCCGUGGCGCGUGGACCACGACGACCCGGCCAGGCGGCGCCAGGCGCUCGAGGACGCCCUGCUGCGCGGCGGGUCGCCGUGGGACGACGCCUCCGACUCGCUGCCCGUGGGGCUGCUGGCGCUGCGGCCCCGCCCCACGAGGCUGGACCGCCAGCUGGUGCGCGGCGCCGCCAAGGUGCUCGUGGACGCAGUGCGGCGCGUCGCCACCCAGUGCGUCGAGGCGCUGCCGGCGCCUUCUGCCGAGGAGUACCGCGCCAGCUGCUGGGAGGCGCCCCCGGCCGCCUACCGCAACUUCUCCGCCUUGUUCGUCAGGGAGCUGCGCGCCAGGAUCGCUGACGCGAUGGCGGGUCGCAAGAGCGACAAGUCGCUGGUCGCGGUCUUCGACGUGCUGAACCUGGUGCCGGAGGGCGAGGGCGACUACGACGCCGCCGCCCCCGCCGCCGCCGACAGGCCGCCGCCCGCCCCAGACGAGGAGCUGGCGUGGCGGGCGGUGGGCGAUACGGCAGGCCGCUCUGUGCGCCUCGACACCAUCGUGUGGCCGGGCGGGGACCUGGUGGCGGCGGGGCCGGCGGCGCGCGCCAAGAGCGUGUUCCGCGUCGUGACGGCGCUGGCGCCGCCCUUCGUGAUGGAGGGCGAGCUGGACGAGGACGGCCAGUGCCUGCGCGGCCUGCCGUGCCACCGCGUGCUCAGCUCCGACAAGGACAACCUCACGCUCGUCUUCAACGAGGUGGAGACCCAGGAGCGUCAGGAGGAGGGCGACGAGGCGGCCAGCGAGUCGCCGCUGCCCGAGCCGCCGGACGCCUCCAGGCACCGCACGAGCUGCUGCUACGGCCUCACCAUGGACCUCCUGGAGAACCUCGCGCAGGAGCUGGAGUUCGACUUCCACCUGUACGUGGUGCCGGACGGCGCGUUCGGCAGCCGCCAGGCGGCGGGCAACGCCUCCAAGUGGGACGGCGUGGUGGGCGACCUGGUGUCGGGGGCGGCGCACAUGGCCUUCGCGGCGCUGAGCGUGACGAGCGCGCGCUCCGAGGUCAUCGACUACUCGGCGCCCUACAUCUACAGCGGCGUGUCGUUCCUGGCGGCGCCCACGCAGCGCAGUGAGAUCCCCCUGCUGGCCUUCCUGCUGCCCUUCAGCCCCGAGCUGUGGAUCGCCAUCUUCACGUCGCUCAACAUCACCGCCAUGGCGGUCGCCGUCUACGAGUGGCUCAGCCCCUUCGGCCUGAACCCGUGGGGGAGGCAGCGCAGCAAGAACUUCAGCAUCGCGUCGGCGCUGUGGGUGAUGUGGGGCCUGCUGUGCGGACACCUGGUCGCCUUCAAGGCGCCCAAGUCCUGGCCCAACAAGUUCCUCAUCAACGUGUGGGGCGGCUUCUCCGUCAUCUUCGUGGCCUCGUACACGGCCAACAUCGCGGCGCUCAUCGCGGGGCUGUUCUUCCACAACACCGUCGGCAACUACCACGACCGCAGCCUGCUGAGCCAGCGGGUGGGCGCGCCCAGGUCGUCCGCGGCCGACUACUACGUGCACCGCGCCAACCAGCACCUCUGGGAGCACAUGCAGAGGUUCAUGGUGCGAGACAUCGAGGAGGGCAUUCACUACCUCAGGAACGGGACCUUGGACAUUCUGAUCGCGGACACGGCCAUCUUGGAUUACUACCGCGCCACGGACCACGGCUGCAAACUGCAGAAGAUAGGGGACGCCAUCAACGAGGACACAUACGCUGUAGGCAUGGCUAAAGGCUUCCCGCUUAAGGACACUAUAUCGGCUGUGAUUUCCAAGUACUCGAACAAUGGCUACAUGGACAUCCUGCAGGAGAAGUGGUACGGCGCACUGCCGUGCUUCAAGAUCGACAUGGACAUAGCUCAGCCACGGCCCCUCGGCGUGGCUGCCGUAGCAGGGGUGUUCCUGCUACUCGGGCUGGGCGUUGUCAUGGGCUGCCUCAUCCUGCUGUUCGAGCAUCUCUUCUACCGCUACACACUGCCCAUCCUGCGACACAAGCCCAAGGGCACCAUCUGGAGGAGCCGAAACAUCAUGUUCUUCAGCCAGAAGCUGUACCGGUUCAUCAACUGCGUGGAGCUGGUGUCCCCCCACCACGCGGCGAGGGAGCUGGUGCACACUCUGCGGCAGGGCCAGAUCACCAGCCUCUUCCAGAAGAGUGUCAAGCGGAAGGAACACGAACAGCGACGACGCCGCAAAAGCAAGGCCCAGUUCUUCGAGAUGAUCCAGGAGAUACGCAGGGUGCAGCAGGAGGAGCGCGACCAGCCGCCCAUCCUGGAGGAGCCGGAGCACGAGGUGUCGCCCGAGCCCCGGCCCAGCCCGCGCCCGCGCAACAGCCUGCUGAGCCCGUCGCUGCUGCCGGGCCGCGCGCACGGCCUCUUCUCGCCGCGCGCCGCCCGCAGCCCCGCCGGCGCGCGCCGCUUCAGCAGCGACACCGUGUUCGCGCCGCUGCGCGCGCACCUCGAGUGCCCCUCGGCCGCCGUGGGCCGCCGCCUCAGCAAGGGCGCCAGCCCCUGCGGCAGCCCGCCCGACGCCAGCGCGCGGCGCCUGGACGCGCCCCGCCCGCGCCUGCUGCACGUGGGCUCGGCGCAGGACGUGGCCGCCGUGGGCGCGCGCCUCAGCGCCGCCGGCGCCCGGGACAGCCUCAGCAGCUCCGACCUGAGCUCGCGGCGGUCGCGCUCCCGCAGCCCGCUCCCCCCGCUGCCGGGCGACCGCGAGGACCCGCCCCGCCACAAGCCGCGCGACCGGGCGCGCUCCGACACGGGCAAGCCCCCCUCCAGGAGCCUGCCGCGCCCCGGGACCCGCUCCGACCUCAACAGCCGCAGCCGCAGCCUCGAGGCGCAGGGCGACGACCGGCCCAAGAAGCCGUGCGAGUCCAUCGUCGAGGUGAGCGUCACGUGCUGCGACAGCUCGCCCGAGGACUCCCCGCCGGCGCGGCCCGCGAGGCGGCCCCUGCUGCGCCGCCGCAGCCACCAGCCGCGCCUGGAGACGGCGGAGGCCCGCGCGCUGCUGGCGCCCGCCGCCGAGGGCCCCGACGAGGUGUUCGCCGUGCCGCCCCCGCCGCCGCCGCCCAGCUGCAGCCCGCGCGAGCCCGCCGCGCCGUCCCCGCUCGCGCGCCUCAGCAAGGACGAGCUGCUGGAGCUGUGGCGCAGCUCCGAGACGGAGCUCCGCAGCCUCCUGCUGCGCGCCAUCCGCGCCAAGGACGUGGACGACCCCCCGUGAGGCCCCCGGCUCGCCCGCCGGAUCUCUGUCCUCCUCGCCACGCGGGACGUUGCCCGCGCCCGACCGCCCGUGGGCCGCAGCGCUAGGGGUGCGCUCUCACUUUUCUAGUUCACUCACUAGAGUUAGUUCACGUACAAAUGGGAUUGUACUCUAGUCGACCGAGUAGUUGGAUGAUGUUUUGGUUGGCACUUGAUAGGUGUAGAUUGCUACUGCGGCUGCGAGAGCGUCGCGGCGACACGGCUGGAUUGUUUCUUUCGUUACCGUGGAACAGCAGUGAAAUUUACGGGUGUAACAUAAUUUUUGAUGAAACGUUCAAAGACUCAAAGCCUUUUAAGUUCUGUUUUAUCACACUUUCUUUGUAAGU